CAAAAAUUAACACGACAUCACGACAUCAUUUAACACUUGGUCGUCUGAGAAUCGCAGAGGACAGCCCAAGUUAUCAAACUGGAUUUCACCGCGGAAGCAAAGAAAUAGGCCGGAUUUUUGGAAUUUACAGUACAUGGUACUGUAACGACUUGGAACGAAAAAGGACUCUUCUCUUUUUUAAGUAAUGCAAGCAGCAGUGAUGGAGGAAUCAAACGUAGAAACCGUUGAACAACCAAUCACCAACAACCAACAAGAGCAGGCCCAGCUCGAGCAGCCAUCUUCACCCACUUCUGUCGCUACGCCGACAAGCACCAAUAGCGGUAACACCAGCAAUGCAACGCCAACAUUUAGUUAUGAUGACUUAUUCCCGGCAUUGCCAGCGAAUACCGCCGCACCGCUCGGUAGUAAUACGGCACCACAGUGUGUGCGUGUAACGCCCUCACAAAUAACUCAGGUGUUGCAUGUUUCGGGCGAUGACCGUAAGACCACUGAAUCGGACAAGUUCGGUGAAGGUGAAUCGAAACGUAUUUGUCAGCAAAUCUCAAAGGAUACAGGCGCUCAAAUUGAAAUUGCCUGUGGCAAGAAUCAAUCUUUAACCUUUCUGAUUAAGGGCAAGCAAUGUGAAAUCUUAGAUGCACGUCGUCGCAUCUUAAUGCAUUUCUCUACCCAAGCUAGCAAACAGGUGUCGGUACCGAAAGAACAUCAUCGCGUCAUUCUUGGUAAACGCGGUGAACGUUUGCGUGAAUUGGAACGUCUUACCGGCACGCGUAUAAAUAUACCCGCUCAAACGGAUGAGAGUGACAUUGUUACCAUUUUGGGUACUAAGGAGGGCAUUGAUAAGGCCGAGCAAGAAAUUCGCCAAUUGUCGAUUGAACAGUAUAAGAAAUGUUCGGAUCGCAUAUCGAUACCAAAAGUAUAUCAUCCAUUUAUUGUCGGACCGAAUGCUGAAAAUCUUAGCAAAUUAAUGGCGGAAACCGGUGCGAAGAUCAAUGUACCACCGCAAUCGGUGCAAAAGGAUGAUAUUAUCAUAAUGGGUGAGAAGGAUGCGGUAGCCAAUGCUAAAGCUAAAGUGGAAGCCAUUUAUAAGGAUAUGGAAAAGAAAUGCUCCACUGUCAGUGUUGAGGUUGCCAAAUCGCAGCAUCGCUACGUGAUUGGUCCCAAGGGUAAUACGUUGGCGGAUAUUCUUCGCAUCACUGGAGUUUCGGUUGAGAUGCCACCGACGGAUUCAACAUUGGAGACAAUAACAUUGCGUGGACCUCAAGGGGCCUUGGGUAAUGCGUUGACGCAUGUUUACCAAAAGGCCAAUUCUGUUAAAUCGGUCGAAAUCGAUGCGCCCAAUUGGACACAGAAGUAUGUUAUCGGACGCAAGGGUGCCAAUAUGCGUCGAUUGGAGGAGGAAUAUCCUAAUGUGAAUGUCAACUGUCUGGAAGAUAAGAUUAGGUUAGAGGGUGAUCCGGAACGUGUCGAUCUGGCGACUAAUUAUCUCAACGAUAUUGUACGCAACUAUUUGGACAACUUUACGUAUGUGGUAAUGACCGUUAAUCCAUCAUACUACAAGCAUAUCAUUGGUAAGGGUGGCGCAAAUGUGAAUCGUUUAAAGGAGGAACUACAGGUGAACAUUAAUAUUGAGGAACGUGAAGGUCAGAAUAAUAUACGUAUUGAGGGACCGACGGCCGGCGUACAACAGGCUCAGCUUGAAUUACAAGAAAAAAUCGAUAAACUGGAAAAUGAAAAGUCAAAGGAUGUGAUCAUUGAUCGUCGUUUGCAUCGUUCGAUUAUUGGUGCCAAGGGUGAAACGAUACGUGAAGUCAAGGAUCGUUAUCGACAAGUUACCAUAACUAUACCAACGCCACAAGAAAAUACCGAUAUUGUGAAACUGCGUGGUCCCAAAGAGGAUGUCGACAAGUGCCACAAAGAUUUACUAAAACUAGUAAAGGAAAUACAGGAAUCGUCACAUAUAAUCGAGGUGCCCAUUUUUAAACAAUUCCACAAGUUUGUUAUAGGCAAAGGUGGCGUCAAUAUUAAGAAAAUACGUGACGAAACUCAAACGAAAAUCGAUUUGCCAUCAGAGGGCGAUACGAAUGAGGUGAUCACAAUCACCGGUAAGAAGGAAAAUGUACUCGAAGCCAAGGAACGUAUUCAGAAGAUACAAAACGAGUUGUCUGACAUUGUAACAGAAGAAGUUCAAAUUGCGCCAAAAUUCUAUAAUUCCAUCAUUGGUACGGGUGGUAAAUUGAUUUCAGCCAUAAUGGAAGAAUGUGGUGGCGUUUCGAUCAAGUUCCCCACUAGCGAGUCGAAGAGCGAUAAGGUAACUAUUCGCGGUCCCAAGGACGAUGUGGAGAAAGCCAAAGCUCAAUUGCUCGAACUGGCCAAUGAACGUCAACUCGCCUCAUUCACAGCUGAGGUGCGUGCCAAUCCGCAGCAUCACAAAUUCCUGAUCGGCAAAAAUGGAGCUUCCAUUCGCAAAAUUCGUGAAGCCACUGGCGCACGCAUUAUAUUCCCAUCCAAUGAUGACGAAGACAAAGAGGUUAUCAUAAUCAUUGGCAAAGAGGAGAGUGUCAAGUCCGCGAAAGAGCAAUUGGAAGCCGUUAUUAAAGAUAUUGAUCAAGUGACCGAAGGUGAAAUCUCCGUCGAUCCUAAAUACCAUAAGCAUUUUGUUGCAAGACGUGGUGAAAUUUUACAUCGCAUUGCUGAGGAGAAUGGCGGUGUUAUGAUUUCCUUCCCACGUCCCGGUGUCGAUUCGGAUAGGGUUACUUUGAAGGGUGCCAAGGAUUGUAUUGAGGCGGCGAAACAGCGCAUUGCCGAAAUUACUGCCGACUUGGAGGCGCAAGUUACCAUUGAGGUAGUCAUUCCACAGAGACUACAUCGCACCAUCAUGGGGGCGCGUGGAUUUAAAGUGCAGCAAGUAACCUCCGAACAUGAUGUACAAAUUAAAUUUCCCGAUCGCGAUGCUACCAAUCCCGUUGAGGGUUAUGUAAAUGGCACUAACGGCAACGGCGAAGAAGGUGAAGAAAAUGCAGAACCUGUACGCGAAUGUGAUAUAAUUCGCAUAACUGGUCGCAUCGAAAAAUGUGAAGCAGCAAAGCAAGCGCUGCUUGAUUUGAUACCAAUUGUGAAAGAGCUUCAUGUGCCCUACGACUUGCAUCGCUCAAUCAUUGGUCCAAAAGGUAGCAAUGUACGUCAAUUUAUGGCCACCUAUGAUGUGCACAUUGACUUGCCGCCCAGCCAAACCAAGUCUGAUCUGAUAAAACUCAGCGGUACACCAGCACAUGUAGCUGAUGCUGAGGCAGCUUUAGAUAAAAUGAUCGAAGAGUAUGAACUUGAACGCGCUGAUAGGGAACUACGCUCGUAUGAGUUAAAGAUGGAUGUUGACCCGCAAUAUCACUCGAAAUUAAUUGGUCGUGGCGGUGCUACCAUUAAUAAACUACGUGCUGAUCACGAUGUUCAAAUUUCGCUGCCAAAACGAACUGAUCCCGAUCCAGUUACCAUCACUAUUAUCGGUUAUCAAGCCAACACCGAAGCUGCACGUGAUGCUAUCAUGGAAAUUGUCGGUGAUCUGCAAGAUUUGUAUCGUGAGGUUAUCGAAGUAGACUCACGCAUACAUUCGCAUAUUAUCGGGCAUAAAGGACGAACCAUUCGUAAGAUCAUUGAGGAUUAUAAGGUCGACGUUAAAUUCGCCUCUUCCGACAAGACUCAAACCAAUCCCGAUGGCAUAAUAAUUAUCGGCAAAGAAGAGGAUGUCGAAAAUGCCAAGGAAGCUAUACUCAAUAUGGCGGAAGAUUAUACUAACGAAUAUUUGGACAAUUUACCACCAUCGCCACAACCGCAGACAGUGGCGGCCUUCCUACCUGGUGGUGGAGGAAAUGAAAAUGGUUUUGUCAUUAAGGAUGCACCCUGGGAAAAGGCGAACGACAAGCAAAAUAGGAGCUCUGCACCCAAUACUCAGUCGCAAGAAGAUUUUCCAGAUUUCGCAGCUGGCGGCCCCGCACCCGUGUCUGCCCCCCUAACUUCGGCCUGGGGACCUAAGAACUAAGUGCUAGACAACAAGUAAAGUUAGUUAGACAUUAACUAACGCAAACAAAAAAAAAAAACAAUUAAGUAUAUAAAAAAGUCAAAAAAAUAGUAAAAAUUGCAAACGCAUCAAAAUAUAUUAAAAAUAUGAAAAUGAAUAGGCAACGGUGAAAAGAAACGAAGUCUUUAUAACAUAAACAUAAGUAAACUGAGAAGCAUAUUGGUUUGAAGAUCAACACAACUUGCGCACACACACACACACUCACUCACAUUAGGUAUAUAUAUACAUAUAUAUAUAUAUAUAUAUUGCUAUGUGAGCGUCAAAUCGAAGGUUGUCCUUAGCGUUUUUGUUUUCAAAUCAAUUAUCUGUUGAAAUUCUACAAAAAUCAUUAGAAAAUGAGAAAAUAAUAAAACUGUAAAGAGCAAAACACAAUUUCAACUAAACAAAAAAGACAGCAACGAAACAAAAUUUUUAUUUGCAAUAACUAUUUGUAGAUUAAAAAUCAAUUAGGAAAGAGUAAAAUAAAAAACGACUUAUACAUAUAUACUGGUUUAUAUUUACCAGUAAUAAUAUUAAUUAACAACAACAACAAAUAAGGCCAAAAGUGUUAGAGAAAAGUACCACACGCUGCUUUAUUCUCGUUUAUUUUACGUUUUUUCCCUCCUUUGUACCUAGCAACCAACACAAUAUAAACGUUCUCAUUAAAAACAAAAAAAAAAGUUUUUACUACUUUUUAAAUUUUGUAACCGUUUUAAAAUUUUCCAUGAUUAAUUUAUUUAUUGAGUUGACCUCUAAUUGCAAUCAUCACUUUUAUUUAUUACACGUUUCUUAUCUUUUUACCAAUAUGCCUAUCAACUAAGUUGUUUGUGCGCGCCCAAGAAAUUUGUUAAACGUAAAAUCCCAAAACUAAAAGUAAAAUUACUAUUUUUCACACAGAAAAAGCAUACACACAUACUUAUGUUACAUUUACCUUAGGUUAUAAUAUGAAUCGUAUAUUCGUACAUAUGUACAUAGAUACAUACAUACGGGCAUGCGGGCAUAAAUUACAUUUGGUUGCUUGACAUUUUUUUUGGCUCAAUAUCAGUUUUUUUUUUUGCACAUUUGCUAAAAUUAAAAAGUUGUGAAUUCUACAUUAUCCUUUUUUUUUGUAAUAAAAAAAAACAAAACUUUUUUGGACAACGGAAAAUAAUGUAUGCCGUUAAGUAUAUUAUCUGUUAUACAAAUAUACGUGUGUGCGAGCAAAUUUACAUACAUACAUACAAUAGGUAUGAAUUAAUUGUACGAAAAACGAAAGUAAUGAAGAAAUUCAACGACUUUAACUGAAAUAAUGAUGGUUUUGAUGCAAUACACCUACACGCAUAUGCGUGCUUUCAUAAUGAAAAUCGGAAGUGUUUAGAAAAUAUAUAUGUAAAAGCAAACGGAUUUAGUAUUUGCCAAAAGUUCUUUAUUUUUUAUUUUUAUUUUUUUUUUUGAAUUAAAUAUACGAGCAUACAUACAUACAUAUAUGUAAACAUAAAAAUGGUUAUAUUUAAGAAUUUAUUUGUCAUUAGAGUUAUAUACAUACAUACUCGUAUGACGGAACCAUCUAAUGUAGUUGAUGGCAAUAUAUGUUUUCUUCCAUUAUCAAAUAUUAAUAUAUUUUUAUUUUUUCUCUGAAUUAUGUAACACAGCAACACGUUUUAUAUAAAUUGUAUUUGAUUAUAUAUCAUUUAUAUAUGCUUACAUAUAUAUACAUUUUUUAACUAUAAUAUACAUGUUAUUUAAAAGGAGUAUAUACAUAUGUACAUACAGAUAUGCCCGUUUGAAAUUUCAAAUGCCAACGAAACAAUUUACCUUUAUUAUUGUGCUGUCCGUCGUUUGAUACGAAAUAAUGCUUUCGAAUGCGUAAUUGGUUCUGUUUAUUAUUGUUCGAAAUUAAAAAAAAAUAAAAAUUUCCAAAAUAUAAAUAUGUAAUACAUACAUAUACAUAUGUUUGCAAUAGAAAGGGAAGACCUUAAUACAGUUUAGUUUUACUUUGCGUUUUGUAUUUCUGUUCUUUAUAAGUCGAAACCAACUACACACUACGUUGUCAUUUACCACAAAACAUGUAUUUAAAUAG